AUGAUGACCAUCCGAUUCCUCAACAAGCACUUCUUCCCUCCAGUCUCAGCCCCAUUGAAACGCACUGUCACUCACUCACCAAUAAUGGGCACCCCACGCAUCAUCAACGCCAUCAAGCAAGACCACCGCGACAUUGAGUCGUACUACGACCGCAUCAUCAAGUCUACCGAUAAGACCGAGCAGACUCAGUACCAGAAUCUAUUCACUUGGGAGCUUGCCAGACACGCCAUCGGCGAGGAGCUGGUUGUUUAUCCGGCGUUCGAGAAACAUAUCAAAGGCGGCGCUGCCCUCGCAGAUAAGGACCGAAAGGAACAUCAACCCAUAAAAGAACAACUUAAAAAGUUCCAAAACCUCAAACCCACCGACCCCACCUUCCUCCCCACAAUCCAAUCCCUCAUGAAAGACCUCUCACAACACAUUCAUGAAGAAGAAACGUCCGACCUCCCGCAACUCGAAGAGGCGCUCUCAGAUGAAGACAGCCGCAGUCUGAGCAAGACAUUCGGGCGAACAAAGAUGUUUGUGCCGUCGCGUAGCCAUCCGAGUGCGCCGAGUAAGCCCCCGUUUGAGACAGCGGUGGGGCUUAUGACGGCGCCGAUUGAUCAUUUGGCGGAUAUGUUUCGGCAGUGGCCGGAUACGGCGGCGAUGCCGAACCCUAGUACUAAGUGA